AUGGAGCCCGCCGAGCGCUCGCAGGCGGCGCGGGACCGGGUGCCCAGGGUCGAUCCGUAUGGGUUCGAAAGGCCGGAAGACUUUGAUUAUGUAGCUUACGAGAAAUUCUUUUCGACCUAUCUGGUAAUACUCACCAAGAGAGCCAUAAAAUGGUCCAAACUUCUGAAGGGGAGCAGUGGCGUCCGGAAAAGCGUGACAGUGAAGCGCUAUGUCCGGAAAGGUAUCCCGCUGGAGCACCGGGCCCGGGUCUGGAUGGCUGUAAGUGGAGCCCAGGCCCAGAUGGACCAGAACCCUGGAUAUUACCACCGACUUCUCCAGGGAGAGAGAAAUUCCAGCCUGGAGGAAGCCAUCAGGACAGACCUGAACCGGACCUUCCCAGACAACGUGAGGUUCCGGAAGACGGCGGAGCCCUGUCUACAGAACACCCUGUACAACGUGCUGCUGGCCUACGGGCUCCACAACCAAGGUGUGGGGUACUGCCAGGGAAUGAAUUUCAUAGCAGGAUAUUUGAUUCUUAUCACAAAGAGUGAAGAAGAAUCCUUUUGGCUCUUGGACGCUCUUGUUGGAAGAAUUCUGCCUGAUUACUAUAGCCCUGCGAUGCUGGGCCUGAAGACCGACCAGGAGGUCCUUGCAGAGCUGGUGAGGAUGAAGCUGCCGGCGGUGGCGGCCCUUAUGGAUGGCCACGGUGUACUGUGGACCCUGUUGGUGUCGCGCUGGUUCGUCUGUCUGUUCAUAGACACCCUGCCUGUGGAGACUGUGCUUCGGAUCUGGGACUGUUUGUUCAACGAAGGUUCCAAAAUCAUCUUCCGGGUGGCCCUGACCUUAAUCAAACACCACCAGGCACUGAUACUAGAAGCUGACAGCGUCCCAGACAUCUGUGACAAGUUCAAGCAGAUCACUAAAGGGGACUUUGUGACCGAGUGUCACACAUUUAUGCAGAAAAUAUUUUCAGAACCAGGGAGCUUGUCCAUGACGACCAUCACCAGGCUCCGUGAGAGCUGCCGGGCUGUGCUGCUGGCUCAGGGCUGAGGUGGUGCCCACAUCCCACCGUGCAGACCACAAGCCUCACUUCCAGAGUUGACAUAUGACCAAUUUCUACUGCUUUCCUUCUUUGUAAAUACGUGAUGUCUUUACGCUUCAGUGUUUUUCAAAGUGAUUUAAAAUGUCAUUCUACCUUUCAAUUAUGAUCUGUGAAAUCAUAAAUUUCUAAAAAAAAGUUAUUUUUAUCAUCUGAGAUAUUAGUAAUAUAUAAAAUAUGAGCUGUGCAUUUGUGUCUGAUAAGCUGUGCCAGCACCGUGAGCUUGGGAUUAUCAGCUUGUGGCAACUGAAAAUUAAGCUCCAAAUGGUGACUGGUCACUAUUGCGGGUGUGUUUGGAUGUCAUUGUCUGUGGCAGAGCAUUUGCCUUUUUGUGAGGGUUGUACGCAAAGCAUGUGAUUUCUCCUGAGGAAGACCAUUGAUUUUAUAAAGGAUUUUAAUGUUUUAAAGUUAGUGUGCAGCAGGAGUGAUAGAGCAGGUGAGCAGGAGGGGCUUAGAGAAGGCAGUGUGGCCUCAAGUGCAGCCACAGCCCGGACAGGGGUGGAGCCAUGACACUCCCUCCCAGCCCGUCCUGGUCUGACUGGCAUGGCCAGUUUCCUGAGAGGCCAGGCUGAGCCCUGUGUGCAACGGGUGGGGCACAGAGCAUGGGGCAUGGGCAGGUGGGCAGGACACAGGUCAACCUGCCCACCUGCUAAGGAACAUCACUUUUGACCCCUUGGUUUCUCCAAGUUGACCUUCCACUUUAUGGACUGGUCUGCCAUGUGCUUUUCAUUCAGACUGUGGUCCUGGCUGUCAGUGCCCGGAGGAGAUUGUCGCUCACGAGAGGCUGGCCUUUGAGAGAGGCAGGCAUAGCCAAGGGGACAGGGUGGUCCCAUCACAGUAAAUUUGGUGCCCAGCAAAGCUUGGCAGGCGACCCAGGGGACAGGCCAUUCAUGAAGCCCAGCCAUUGUGUUCCAUUGUUACCAGGGCAACCACAGCUGCCACCAGUUGCUGCUGGGCUCUGGAGUCUGGUCUGGGACUUUCAGGGCCAAGUCCUCCAUCUUGUAGCUAGUCAUGCUCAGGUCAGACACCUGGCACCCACAGCAUCACAGCCUGGUGUGGCUGCUGUGUCCCUUGAGAGGCCUUUUCUCAAGGUUUAUCAGCUGUCAGUGGUCUUAGAAGCCUAAUGCUUGACUGACAGCUGGGUGGCGCCCAAUCCCCCACUCCAGGCACUGUGUGGCACCCACCUCCAACUGAAGCUGCACCUGAUGUUCCUGCUCCUCAGGAUUGUCCUGGGGUCCCAACGUGACCCUUAGGUCCCUUAGGCUCCUUCUACGUAGGUGGGGGCUGGCUUCCUGCAGCACCAUCUUUAGGGAUAGGCCCCGUCACAUGCUGGAUCACAGGUCUCUUCCCAGGCUUAGCCCAGGUCCUCAGAACUGCUGCCCCUGCAGGUGCACUUGGCACCCCACGGGAAUCUUUCCAAAGGCUGCUUUGCAACCAUGCUGCAAGUCCUGGUCUACAGACCUGCACAAAACCAGUUGCUCAGUGCCAGUUGGGCGCAUGGGACAGACUCACCUGUACUGUUCACACUGGGGAGGUGAUGUCUGUGUGCCCACCCGGACCUACUGCUGCUGUGUCUUCAGGCUGCUGGCAAUUCUAGAGAUGCCACCCCUUGGCACCCAAGCCUGUACAAUCCACCCAGUGCUGAAGGCCUCAGAGCAGUCCUCUCUCCAUGGCAGACUGUUUUUUUGCAGUUCUCUGUAUUGAACCCAGGGUCUUGCACAUGCUAGGCAAGUGCUCUACCGCUGAAGCUAUGUCCCCAGUCCUGACAGGUCUUUCUGACUGCAGGCAACUGUGAUGAGUUUUAGGCAUGAGGUUCUCAGGCUUUUUUACACAGCUUUGGGAGGGGUCAGACCUGCCCAUUGACCUCUGGGAGGCCUGCGCUGUGAUGAAUGGGCAGGAGGGUGGUCAGCGCUGCAAGGAAACACUGAGUAUCAGAUUCUUGUCCCCACAGUCCACAUUCAGUGUGUGUGGCAUGGCAGAAACCACAAUCGUGGCAUACUGGCCCCAGUGAAGACCCACCCCAAGGGACACCCACUGUUCUCAAAUUGCUGCCUAGAAGGCCGGCUACAGCAAUGCACUCACUCCCUCCAU